GCCCGUGCACGCACGGGCGGCUGCCAAGGAAGGGGCGGGCUUCCUUACCGGUGUGCGUGCAACACCUGGUGGCGGCGACAGCGGCGGCAGCAGCGGUGACGACGACGACGACGACGACGACAACGACGACAACGACGACAACGACGACGACGACAACGACGACGACGGCGGCGACAGCGGCAGCACGUCCCGGGCAAUUAUUAUGCGAUCGGCUGCGGCCGUCCUGGCCGCGGCGGCGGCUCUGGCCCUUCUCCUGGACACGGUACUCGCCCGGCACCAGCAUCGCUCCGGGAAUCCCACCGGCCCCAGAGCGUCCGGUGACAUCUCCCUCUGGAUCGACCAGCAACAAAUAAAAAUGUUCAGCGGGCUGGCAAUGGAAAUAUACGCGAUUGCGGAGGGCAAAGUACUGUCGUACCUUUUGGAUCCAGAAUUUGAGAACAAACUGCCUAUUAUACCGAGCGAGGUGUCGCACGUGAAUUUCACGUGGAAGUCAGGAGUAAAAAAGUACUUUUACAACUUUUUUCACUUAAAGUCGUUCGACGAGAGCAUCUUGAAAACUCCAUCCAUCACGAUUAAAACGCAAGGACGGGUGCCCAAGAGACCGAAAGAGUUCAGCAUUCUUCUACCUUGCGCCGGCAAUUCGGGCAUAGCGCAAUUCGGGAUCGGUCUGAUGAUCGAGUCCCGCAAGGGGAAACCUCUAAACGGGACGCCCCUCCGUCUCCGUUUGAGGAAAGAAUGCACCGUGCGCGGUGAGUGGUCAGUCAGUCGCGCCCACGAUCACCACCUCUUCACUCGCACAUACAAACCUAAUCCUGGUCCCUGUCCGGAUGGUUAUCUAGGGCCUCAUUGUAAAAAAGCACUUUGUUAUCCGAAUUGCAUGAACGGCGGUAAUUGCACGGCGCCAGGUGUGUGCUCGUGUCCGCCAGGAUAUCAAGGCCCUUAUUGCGAAGGAGGUAUCUGCGUGGAAAAAUGUUUGAACGGAGGAAAGUGCAUCCAGAAGGAUGUUUGCGAAUGUCCAAAGGGCUAUUUUGGCUUGCGCUGCGAAUUCUCCAAAUGCGUUAUUCCUUGUCUCAAUGGGGGCAAAUGCAAGGGCAACAAUAUCUGCAGGUGUCUGAACGGAUACAAAGGCAAUCAUUGCGAAAUUGGUACACGCAUAACGUCGCAACGCUCGACGUCAUGUAGCCGGCCAUGCAGACACGGGACCUGUCAAGGCGACACGUGUCUCUGCGAGAAGGGUUGGUACGGAAAGUUUUGCCACAAAAACAAGCCGUGGGCUUAGGAAUCAAUUAAGUGUACCAACUGGAUUUUUUUAAAAACAUCAUUCUAAAAUUCCAACGGAAUCAUGGCAGAUUGUUUCAUCUGUGUAUCUUGAAUUGUAUGGAGAAACAAAAGUUUAUGCGUUCGAAGAGAAAGAAUCUCGUGAUAUUAAAAUAAUUCAAAGAUUUUUAGCAUUUUUGUUUUUAUUUAGUGCGGCGAUAAUGAGAGAAACAUAAAAGGUUUCAUAAGAUUCAGAUCCAAAUCUCGAUUGGUAACCAAUGUGAUGUAAAAUUUAUAGUUUCUAAUUUACUUUGCCCAGAUGUGAUAUGUAAAGAGCUGCUUUAUGCCAUUUUAUAACAUUAUUAUAUUUAGUUAUUAAUACUUUUGUACUGUAGUUGUAACAAUUGUAAAAACAAAAAAUAGGAACAAAAUAGGUAUUUUUCUGUAAUGGUGCUUGGUUAUGCUUUAGAAAGCAUGACCAAGAAAUAAUUCAGCAUUGUAGUGUAUCUGUGAUGGACUUUUUUGCUAUUAUACUGUCUCUUUCUGUGUACAUCUUAAAAUAUAGGUAAAUAAAUAUGGUUUUAUUGACAAAUCCGUGA